GCUCAACAAAUCUUCUCCUAUGCGUACCUAAGCAAUAUAUGAAGAUCCUCUUGUGUUUCAUCCUCCAUAUUGGACACAUUCACAAAUCGUAAAUGAAUUCUUUUAGGCACCGUGAGUUCGUUGUGGUGAUUGAUAGAAGGUGGGAAUCAGAGUAGCGAUUCCCAUUUUUCCCUUCACCAGAGUCCCUUUCGUCGUCACCGUGGCGCAACAGGCAGGAAGAUCCACUUUGUUUCAACAUUCUUGUUGCAAAAACAAACGACCCGACACAAGAAACGUUCCUACCAGCAUCAGCGUGUCAAAGCGGACUUGCUAUUGCUCUUCAUCAAGACGCAGGACAACGCUCGUCCAGGGCGGGAAAUCAAAGACGAUUGCGGACUUACCGUCGGCUCCGCCGUGAAAGCCUCUACAGUCGAUAUGUGUGUCCGCUCUGGUGGAGUUGCGUGCUGCUGAGCCCGCGGCACUAGGCGGAAAACUACAAGCUACUAAACAUACAAAAAUCGCGCUGGCAAAAACCUGACCCUGUUGGAGUCGUCUGCAUCGACAAGAACCUGCUUCCGGCCUGCUCCGGCGGAAUCAAAAAUAACGAGAAGUAUACUUCUGCAACGCGCAGGCUUAAGUAGUCGAAAGAGUAGAACGAACUACCAGAACAGGCAGUCUGGAAAAUGGAGGUGCAGUUUGCGAACGCGCCCAUUAGCUGGGGCAUCAACGAAUUCGGAAUCGAAAGUAGCAUGAAGCCGGAGCAGAUGCUCGACGAACUGAAGCUCGCAGGCUACACCGGCACGGAGCUCGGCGACUACGGGUUUUUCCCGACUUGUGAGAAACAGCUGAAGGACCUGAUGCGGUAUAGACGAGAUCUCAAAAUGCAUAUGCAAAGAAUCUUCCACAAAUAGUUUUUAGAAACGCGCCACAGAAAUUGAUGUUCGGUGCAUGUUUAAAAAGUCUCACCACGCUACCAAUUUGAUGUAGGACAUGAUUGCAAGAACCCGUGUGGCAUGGUAGAGCUAGCGGGGAAACUUCUACAUACACUUUCGCCUUAUACUAGGUCGAAGGACCUGCAAAUGAUAGGAGCUUUCUGCACCUAUGCUCUGUGGGAUAAAACCAAGCACGAGGAGGGUCGCGCGUAUGCUCGCAAGAUUGCUGCGCAACUGCAGCCGUUCGCGAACCAGAAGUUUCCGCCGCACAUCGUACUUCUACUUGUGUGUUAAAACAACUAACACUUGCUUAUGCUAUUCUUUUUCGUUUUUUCCAAAACGCAUCGGGUGAAGAAAACGUAAACGACAAGUGAUACAAAGUGAUACAAAAAAUUAUACGUUUGAUCGAAUGCCUAUGCCAAUUAAUACCGAAAAUCAAAAAAGGUAUUGGCCGACAACGUAUCAGACCCCGACCGGAUAAAGAAUACCAGCCGCAUUACGAAGAAAAUGUCUCUGAGCGCAAAGUAUUGGUCGGUCCUGACGGAAGAGGUGCAGAUCCUGAAGAACAUGAUUGAGUCCGAAUACGGCAUCAAAGUGCACUUUCACCCGCACUGUGGUAGCUUCAUCGAGACGCCGUGGGAAAUCGAGGCCCUCGUGCGAGACGUGCCGGGGCUGAAACUCAUUUACGACACGGCGCACGUAACCAUGGGGGCUGGGAACCCGCUGGCCUGCGUGGAGUUUCUCAAAAGACACCCAGACAAGGUAAUAUCUUCAUGCAUUUGAGGUAGGUUCUUUGUUGAAUUUGAAAAGUCUAAACGCAUGAUAUUACUACACAUUUUUUUUUCUAGACGACUAGCUUGCGCGGUCGUAUACAUAGACUCGAAGAUCUGCAGCGACGUACCAGUAGAAGUAGAAGUCGCACACAAAAACUAAAACACACCAGAUCCACAGCUUUCACUUCAAGGAUUACGACGGUAAUGCCAAAGGAAAAGACUACUUCGAGCUCGUGAACAACGGUUGCUUCCCGGAACUCGGUCGAGGCAUGGUCGAUUUCGAAGGCGUCAAGAAAUGGCAGGUGGAUAACGCUUUCAAGGGCUGGAUCGUUGUGGAACAAGAUCUCCUCGGCGAGGCAAAAUCUAAUCCACUGCAGUCCGCAGCGAAUAACAUGGCUUUUUUGCGUCAACUGUACGCGGAGCCAACGGUGUCUAGACUCUAAUCGCUCAACAUGUUUUCAUCUCGUAUCACAGUUGCGAUUUGGCACACCCCUAUGCAUGCUCUCGAUCGUUGAAAGAAACUACCGAAAUAAACUCUCUCACACACCUCUUGAUAAAAAUUAAACUCGCUGAAAGGAAAGGCAGGAUCUAGAUCUUCGCUGGUACUCCGAAGGAGCGGAGGUCUUGGACUCACUGCUUAUUCACACUCUCUGAUUUCUAGUAUUUAUUCUCACAUCAAGGCUCGAUAUGGCAGUUUGGCACGUCACCAGCUGAAAUAGGGAUACCACGUACUCGGCGGCUCAAAGACGGCUCGAAAGCCGUAAUAUUAAGUCAUUUAGAUUUUUUAAUGUUUCGAUGUAACAAGUAGUUCAAGAAAGCAUGGUUUCUGAUUCAACAAGACUAUGGGACUAACAGACAUCCUGGCAAGAAAAGGCGCAAUUCUUCGCCUGCAACACCUUCUUAUCACAUCAAAUCAGCUACGUUUCUUACCACGACUACCCUCAGACACAAAAAGGAUUGUCUCUCCAUAGAUACACAAAAAAAUACAAGAAGAGGGUACGUUUUCGUGCCUGGCAAGUGUCGCAAAUCAGAAAAAAAAUCAGAGAUAUAGAUGUACCUAUGGUUUAUUUUCGUUUCGAGUGUAUUAUCCUAUCAACUUGACUUAAGUGUAUUGCAAUGUAUGCACUUGUAUGUAGAACCGUUGAGGCAGAAAAUCUACUUGCGUUGCUGUGUAGUUGUAAAACGUAUGAAUGUCGAUAAUGGCGCGACUAGAAAGGCAAUCCCAUACCGGAUAUCGAAUGCGAUAGCUCGCGGCUCGUACUAGCUAUGGAACGAAAACAUGAGCAUGUUGAUAUCUUAUGUUUGUGCCCUUACAGUACAGUUGACAGUCUUGGAGAAUUCCACGACGCUAUCCUGGAUUGGCACUACUUGUUAAAACUAUCGAAGACCGCCCGCUGUCAAUCGUGGUUGCUCGAUAAUUUGCAAUCUCAGAAAAAAAAAAACGAUUUUUCAUCUUCAGCUUUGUACUUUUUUGUUUAGUACACUACUACUAGACGAGGCUGGAACUACUCACAAUCAAACUAUGCAACUUCGAACUUAAUUUGAAUUUGAUAUUUUUAGACAACAAAAGCAAUAUUGACUCAGCCCAGCGACCACGUUUUCGCCGUUUCGCCCCUACUUCUGAGUAGAACCGAUGAGCUGUUCCCGGAAAAGGAGAGCGAAACACUUUUCUCUCGGAUAACUCGCCUACCGAGUAAAGCUUAGAUUCCCGGAAACACGAACGAGGAAAGGGACUUGAAUGUCCGGAGUAGAGGCGCCUUUGCAGUGCAGCCACAAGGCUUGUCCACGCACGGCUGCUUUAUUCUGUCUGCACUCCUUGUCCUUUCCUCUCUCUGCCCCCACCUUCUUUUUGACAAAGGCAUGAACCGCCUGCUCACUCAUUCGUGUCUGUGUUUUCCUAUCACAUCUGUACAGAUGUCCGACCUCUUUUUUAGGUAUCUUAUUCACCACAAUAAAUUCUUUCUAAGUGUCACCAAAAACUUUUAGUUGACGUGCUACACAACGAAGCCGGAAUAGUGGCGCAAUCCAUGCAGCAGAUUCUGCGGCGCAUGCGAAGAUUUUGACUUUCACGUUUUCGCAGCGCACGCUAACGCUGUAGUGCUUCAUCUGCUUUGCGCGAGACUACUAAGUAAUAUUCUACUGCAGAUUGCUACCCCGUUGUACCAAUUAUCUCAGUGAUUUAUCAACAUUGAUAUGGGACAAUAUAUUUAUGCAAUAGGGAACCGCAUGUGAAAAUGAAUAAUUUCGAUUCUUUUGGCUGCUGUAUCUACAGGACAGAAAUAUAUCUGAAGCCGCACGACUAUAGUGUCGUCUGAAUCUCCUGGGCGAAAUCAAUCCAGACGCAGAACUACACGUGGUGGCUUACACUAAUUUUCCAUUUCGAGGACCAGUUUAUUGUUGCCUUUGAUUGCCAGCCACCAGUGCGCUUUAGAUAUCGACGCUCAAUCAGGAUGCCGAUGGCAACAGUGUGCGAGUAGGACGCAACGAUAUGAUGCUGUCCGUCCACACCAGAUAGUUCCAAAUUUGAUUCAGAUUCCAUGUAUUUCGUCGAUAUUCUCGCAAAUGUUGUACAGAUUUUGGGUGUGUGGAGAAUGUAGAAAAAGAGUGGAAGAGGUCGAUUCAGUGUUAGUCUCAUG